CAGAUCCUGGACACCAUGGAGUCGGUCCGGCAGUCCAACGCCGCCCUGCGCGCCCAGCUGGAGGAGGCGCGCGCGACCCUUGCGCAGCGCAAGAAGUUCGACGAGCUCGCCGACAAGAUCACGGGCAACCGCAUGCUGCGGACGCGGGAGGAGCAGCACGUCAACAUCCAGAAGCUCACCGAGGAGUGCGAGGAGCUGCAGCGCGAGAGCGAGACCUACGGCGGCACGUGGCGCGAGAGGAAGGAGCAGUUCGACAAGCUGGUCGAGGAGGGCGUGAAUCUGCGGAGGAUCAUCAGGGACGAGCAGGAGGAGGUCGAGCGGAGAGAGGGCAUGGACGAGGAUGCGGGCGAUGAGGACGGGGAGACGCCCGCCAAGGGCAGCCCGAGCGGUAAUGCGACUCCCGCGCCUCGAAGUGAGGGAGCCGGUACGCCGCGACCGGGUAGCAGCAGUGGUCGGACGCCAGCACCAGAAGAUGGUGCGCAUGCUGGUGGAGAUAGCUUGAAGCCCAAGCCGGAUACAAGUGGUGGUUUUUCUAGGGGAGGAAGCCAGGCCCCGAGCUUGAGGUUUGAGGGUUCCGCUGUAGGCACUCCCGCAGCGGAGAGUCAAGAUCUUAAGGACGAGCCCGAAGAGGGAGAAGAUGUCGAGAUGGGCGAGCCGGCCCAGGCUGCCGAUACGCCCAUGGUAGAAGGUGGUGCGGCGGAUGGUCAAGCAACACCUCAGAUUACGGUGGAUGCUCCAGCCGGUAAUGGCGAUACGAUGGACACCACGUAGACAUGUUGCAUGAUGGAACGAGGACUGUAAACUACAGAAUUAUAGCGUGCGAAAAUGAUACCCAAGCUGCUAAGACAAAC